CUCCCCGCUGAGCAGGGAGCCUGACAUGGGGCUCGAUCCCAGAACCCCAGAAUUAUGACCUAAGCUGAAGGCAGAGGCUCCGUCAUCUGAGCCACGCAGGCGCCCCUUAUGCAGAUCUUCCAAUCACAAGUUAAUACAUAUUGAAAACUGCUAACAAGAUUUAUGUCACCAUUUUUUUAUGUCACCAUUUAAAAUAAAAACAGGAUUUGAAAACAUGUCCCCAGCAUUAAAAGACCCAGAAGAACAUAGCCAGAGACCCUUGGAGUGGGGUAGGGGUUUACGUGAAGGCAUAAUCAUGUAGCAAGUCUGCAAUUUCAAAUCCUCCCACACAUGAAAGUAAAGGAAAUCUCUCAGAUUCUUUGCUCUCUUUCUGCCUCUUCUGGUUCAGCAGACGCCGGCUCCUGGCAACAAAAUAUGAUCCUCCUCCCCUUUUACCUUGUUCCAUAACCCCUUUGAAUUUUUCUAAUAGAAAUCGUUUGUGGUUGUACUGGGAAAUUUCUAAAAUCAUUGCUCUAAGCGUAGGUACUUAAAAAACAUAGAAUUUUUAAAAUGUGAAGCUACACCCACACUCUGGAAAAUAGUAUCUCUUUAAGUUGUGGUGGGCUGACCUGGGAGCUCUGGGUCACCUCCCAGGUUGGAGCUGUGAGAGAUAACAGCUGGGAUAACCUGGGAGAGAGACCCUGUCUCAGUUUCCUGCAAUGUUCUCCCAGAAAGAUUGUUUGCUUUUUUCUGAGGGCUCCCUAGGUUAUCAGGGGCUAGUGGCUCUUAGGGUCAGCAGCCCAGCAGGUGUGCAGGGCCUGGAAGGCAUGGAAGGAGGAUCCCAGCUUCCUGCCUAGUUCUGUCCCCACCAGGCUGUGUAACCUUCAAAAGGUGUCCAUCCAGCCUCUCUGGAACCCACAGCCACCUGAAGAAUGUGGCGGUGGCCGUUUUCAGCCUCAUUAGGAGAAUGAACCAGGCUAGAGGAGUUUCUCACUCAGUUUCUCACACUUGCAUGCCCCUGACGGCCCUCCCACCUUCACCAGGUCCCUCCCCAUUUUCCCUCACACGGGUAAUCCUGUCUCACAGGACCCAGACGAACACUCUCAUUAUGCAAAAUACAAAUAAUAAAUAAGAACCAGGUUUCUGUCUUUACCUCAUUAUAAGUAUAGACUGCACAAAUAGGUAUGAAAUUUGCAGAACAUAUUUGGGAUAGUCUGACUUGAAAAUACAGGCUAAGUGACCUAUGCAAAAUUUAUUUUGCAGGCCCAGGGGUCUCUCAAACAGCUGGGCUGUUAUCCUUCAGAAAGGUGAAACCAGGGGAAAGGAUGCAUCUCAGAGCUGUGGCCUGAGCUGCUGAAGGCCUGAGCUGCCUCUCCAGGGCGACCCCAUUGCUGCUGCCGCUGGCCCCCAGAGCCAUCUGGAUUUGCUGGGAAGGUGGUCGAAGCCUCCCUGCUCCCCCCGACAGCCGCCCACCCCCAGCGGGCCUGAGCCAUGGAAAAGUUCCGCAUGCUCUUCCAGCACUUCCAGUCCAGCUCAGAGUCGGUGAUGAACGGCAUCUGCUUGCUGCUGGCUGCGGUCACCGUCAAGCUCUACUCCUCCUUUGACUUCAACUGCCCCUGCCUGGCACGCUACAACACCCUGUACGGCCUGGGGCUGCUGCUCACACCCCCCCUCGCCCUCUUCCUCUGCGGCCUCCUCGCCAACCGGCAGUCGGUGGUGAUGGUUGAGGAGUGGCGCCGGCCCGCGGGGCAGCGGACCAAGGACCCAGGGAUCAUCAGGUAUAUGUGUUCCUCUGUGCUGCAGAGAGCACUGGCUGCCCCCCUUGUCUGGAUCCUACUGGCCCUCCUUGAUGGCAAGUGCUUCGUGUGUGCCUUUAGCAGUUCCGUGGACCCUGAGAAGUUUCUGGACUUUGCCAACAUGACCCCCAGCCAGGUGCAGCUCUUCCUGGCCAAGGUACCCUGCAAGGAGGACGAGCUGGUCAGGGACAGCCCCGCCAGAAAGGCAGUGUCCCGCUACCUACGGUGCCUGUCCCAGGCCAUCGGCUGGAGCAUCACCCUGCUCCUGAUCAUCGUGGCCUUCCUGGCCCGCUGCCUGAGGCCUUGCUUCGACCAGACAGUCUUCCUGCAGCGCAGAUACUGGAGCAACUAUGUGGACCUGGAGCAGAAGCUCUUCGACGAGACGUGCUGUGAGCACGCGCGGGACUUCGCGCACCGCUGCGUGCUGCACUUCUUCGCCAGCAUGCAGAGUGAGAUGCGGGCCCGCGGGCUGCGCCGGGACACCGCGGCAGGGCGCCCCGAGCCCCCCCUGGUGCCCAACGGCCCCGACGGCCUGGAUGGCGACGGUGGCGGCAAGGCCCACCUGCGGGCGGUCUCCAGCCGGGAGCAGGUGGACCGCCUCCUGAGCACGUGGUACUCCAGCAAACCACCGCUCGACCUCGUGGCAUCCCCUGGGCUCCGGGCGGGUGGCCUCAGCCACCGAGCCGCCACGGUGGCCCUGGGCACCAGGCUGCCCCAGCACACUGACGUGUAGAGACCCCAGCGGGGAAUGCCCCCCUAGCAACCAUCUGGGGCCUUUCCGGGCUAUGGGGACCCCCAGGCAGGGCAACCUAACCCUUGCUGGGCUCCUUCCUCAAAAUGGCUUGGCCUCUGGCCGAGUUUCAGGGUGUGGCCUCCAGCAUGCUCUAGGGCAGGGCUUCACAAACUUUAAGAUGCUCACUGUUGCCUGGAGCUCUUGUUAAAUGCAGAUUCGGAUUCAGUGCAUCUAGGACUAGGUCCCAUAUUGCAUCUCUGUCAGGCUCCUGGGUGAUACACUUGUGAACUAGCAAGAGUCUAAGUAGAUCUGCUGUGCAUUCUGGAUCCUAGAUGUACAGAUUCUAAAUUAAAAAUAAUAAUAUAGGGAUCCCUGGGUGGCACAGUGGUUUGGCGCCUGCCUUUGGCCCAGGGCGCGAUCCUGGAGACCCGGGAUCGAAUCCCACAUCGGGCU